AUGAUCGACCUGGGACUGCUGCUGCACCCAGGGGCCUACUUCCGGGACCUGUGGAACAUUCUGGACUUCAUUGUGGUCAGUGGGGCCCUGGUGGCGUUUGCCUUCUCAGGCUCCAAAGGGAAGGACAUCAACACCAUCAAGUCCCUGCGGGUGCUGCGCGUCCUGCGGCCGCUCAAGACCAUCAAGCGGCUGCCCAAGCUCAAGGCCGUGUUCGACUGCGUGGUGAACUCGCUCAAGAACGUGCUCAACAUCCUCAUCGUGUACAUGCUCUUCAUGUUCAUCUUCGCCGUCAUCGCCGUGCAGCUGUUCAAGGGCAAGUUCUUCUACUGCACGGACGAGUCCAAGGAGCUGGAGCGGGACUGCAGGGGCCAGUACCUGGACUACGAGCGGGAGGAGGUGGAGGCCCAGCCGCGGCAGUGGAAGAAGUACGACUUCCACUACGACAACGUGCUCUGGGCGCUGCUCACGCUGUUCACCGUGUCCACGGGGGAAGGCUGGCCCAUGGUGCUGAAGCACUCGGUGGACGCCACCUACGAGGAGCAGGGCCCGAGCCCCGGGUACCGCAUGGAGCUGUCCAUCUUCUACGUGGUCUACUUCGUGGUCUUCCCCUUCUUCUUCGUCAACAUCUUCGUGGCCCUGAUCAUCAUCACCUUCCAGGAGCAGGGCGACAGGGCCAUGUCCGCGUGCAGCCUGGAGAAGAACGAGAGGGCGUGCAUCGACUUCGCCAUCAGUGCGCGGCCGCUGACGCGGUACAUGCCGCAGAACAAGCAGUCCUUCCAGUACAAGACGUGGACCUUCGUGGUGUCGCCGCCCUUCGAGUACUUCAUCAUGGCCAUGAUCGCCCUCAACACCGUCGUGCUCAUGAUGAAGUUCUACGACGCGCCCUACGAGUACGAGCUGAUGCUCAAGUGCCUGAACAUCGUGUUCACGUCCAUGUUCUCCAUGGAGUGUGUGCUCAAGAUCGUCGCCUUCGGGGUGCUGAACUACUUCCGAGACGCCUGGAACGUCUUCGACUUCGUCACCGUGCUGGGAAGCAUCACUGACAUUCUGGUCACGGAGAUCGCGAACAACUUCAUCAACCUCAGCUUCCUGCGCCUGUUCCGCGCCGCGCGGCUCAUCAAGCUGCUGCGCCAGGGCUACACCAUCCGCAUCCUGCUCUGGACCUUCGUGCAGUCCUUCAAGGCCCUGCCCUACGUGUGCCUCCUGAUCGCCAUGCUGUUCUUCAUCUACGCCAUCAUCGGCAUGCAGGUGUUCGGGAACAUCGCCCUGGACGACGACUCCAGCAUCAACCGGCACAACAACUUCCGGACCUUCCUGCAGGCGCUGAUGCUGCUGUUCAGGAGCGCCACCGGGGAGGCCUGGCACGAGAUCAUGCUGUCCUGCCUCAGCAGCCAGGAGUGCGACGAGCAGGCCAACGCCAGCGAGUGCGGCAGCGACUUCGCCUACUUCUACUUCGUCUCCUUCAUCUUCCUCUGCUCCUUCCUGAUGCUGAACCUCUUCGUGGCUGUGAUCAUGGACAAUUUUGAGUACCUCACGCGGGACUCCUCCAUCCUAGGCCCGCACCACCUGGACGAGUUCAUCCGGGUCUGGGCCGAGUACGACCCUGCGGCCUGCGGGCGCAUCACGUACAGCGACAUGUUUGAGAUGCUGAAGCACAUGCCCCCGCCCCUGGGGCUGGGCAAGCGGUGCCCCGCCCGCGUGGCGUACAAGCGCCUGGUCCGCAUGAACAUGCCCAUCUCCAGCGAGGACAUGACCGUCCACUUCACGUCCACGCUGAUGGCCCUCAUCCGCACGGCGCUGGAGAUCAAGCUGGCCCCAGCUGGCACGAAGCAGCACCAGUGUGACGCAGCGCUGCGCAAGGAGAUCGCCUCAGUGUGGGCCAACCUGCCCCAGAAGACCUUGGACUUGCUGGUGCCGCCCCACAGACCCGACGAGAUGACCGUGGGCAAGGUGUACGCGGCCCUGAUGAUCUUCGACUUCUACAAGCAGAGCAAGACCAGCCGGGACCAGACCCACCCCGCGCCCGGCCUGUCCCAGAUGGGCCCCGGGUCCCUGUUCCACCCGCUGAAGGCCACGCUGGAGCAGACGCAGCCCGCCGUGCUCCGAGGGGCCCGCGUGUUUCUCCAGCAGAAGAGCUCAGCCUCCCUCAGCAACGGCGGGGCCGUACAAACCCCAGAGGGCGGCCUCAGGGAGUCUGUUUCCUGGGGCACCCAGAGGACCCAGGAGGUGCCACACGAGGCCAGGGCGCCCCUGGAGCGAGGCCACUCGACAGAGAUCCCAGUGGUGCAGCCGGUAAAGCCGGCUGUGGAUGUCCAGAUGCAGAGCAUGGCCCUGAGAGGCGCUGACGGGGAGCCCCAGCCCGGGCUGGAGAGCCAGGGGCGCGCAGCCUCCAUGCCUCGCCUGGCCGCGGAGACGCAGCCAGCCUCCGACGCCAGCCCCAUGAAGCGCUCCAUCUCCACGCUGGCGCCCCAGCGCCCCCACGUGGCCCAUCUCUGCACUGCCGCCCUGGAGCGCGCCCCCGCCAGCCAGGCCGCCCCCCACCACCACCACCGCUGCCAUCGGCGCAGGGACCGGAAGCAGAAGUCCCUGGAGAAGGGGCCCAGCCUGUCCGCGGACGCCAAUGGCGCCCCCAGCAGCUCCGCGGGGCCAGGCCCGCCCCCCGGAGAGGGGCCCCCGGGCCGGCGGGAGCGCAGGCAGGAGCGGGGCCGGUCCCAGGAGCGCAGGCAGCCCUCCUCCUCCUCCUCCGAGAAGCAGCGCUUCUACUCCUGCGACCGCUUCGGGGGCCGGGAGCCCCCGCUGCCCAGGCCCGCCCUCAGCAGCCACCCCACGUCGCCCACGGCUGGGCCGGAGCCAGGCCCCCCGAGACAGGGCAGCGGUUCUGUGGACGGGAGCCCCCUGCUGUCCACAUCUGGUGCUAGCACCCCCGGGCGCGGCGGGCGGAGGCAGCUCCCCCAGACGCCGCUGACCCCCCGGCCCAGCGUCACCUACAAGACGGCCCACUCCUCGCCCGUGCACUUCGCCGGGGCCCAGGGCGGCCCCCCCUUCUCGCCGGGCCGGCUCAGCCGCGGCCUCUCGGAACACAACGCCCUGCUCCAGAGGGACCCCCUGGGCCCGCCGCUGGCCCCCAGCGCGCGCAUCGGCUCGGACCCGUACCUGGCGCAGCGCCUGGAGGCCGAGGCCCCGCCGCCCGAGGACGUGCUCACCUUCGAGGAGGCCGUGGCCACCAACUCGGGCCGCUCCUCGCGGACCUCCUACGUGUCCUCCCUGACCUCCCAGUCGCACCCGCUGCGCCGCGUGCCCAACGGCUACCACUGCUCGCUGGGCCUGGGCACGGGCAGCCGCGCCCGCCACAGCUACCACCACCCGGACCAAGACCACUGGUGCUAG